UCUCUCUCUAGACUGUCGCAUUCGGCAUUCCUUUCGUGCGCGACUCACCAACAAUGACCAGUUCAACUCCACUACUCGAUCAACGCCACCGCCAUCUCCAAGAUCAUCGUCAACCCCAUCCAUUGAAGGAGAACCAGAAGAAGAAGAAGAAGAAGCAGCUCCUCUCUCUCUCUCUCUCUCUCUCUCUCUCUCUCUCUAACCUCUGUACGUUGAUCUCUCGUCGGACGCUCCAUGUCUCGGCCACCUCCUCUUUUGUUCCUCCGUCUCUCUCUCCUCCUCGCUCUGUCGCUCCUCGCCCCCUCCCUCUCCCAGCCCCUCCAGCCUCCCUCGGGAAUCCUGAUCGACUGCGGCGCCGCGGCCUCGGCCACCGUGAACGGCCUCCGGUGGCUGGCGGACGCGCCGUUCGUCUCCUCCGGCGCCCCGAGGAGCCUCCCCGUGGCUAACCUGGACCCCCCGCUCUCCACCGUCCGUUCGUUCCCCAACCGUCUCCACCGCAAGUUCUGCUACGUGGUCGACGUCGCCCGCGGCUCCAAUUACAUGGUCAGGAGCACCUACUUCUACGGAGGGGUCAACGGCCGCCCCGACCCGCCGGUCUUCGACCAGAUCGUGGACGGAACUCUCUGGACCGUGGUCAACACCACGGGAGAUUAUAGCGAGGGCGAUUCCACUUAUUACGAAGGGGUGUUCAUGGCUCAGGGCAAGACCAUGAGCUUUUGUCUUGGGGCUAAUAAUUACACGGAAUCGGACCCGUUCAUUUCGGCUCUGGAGUUUGUUCAAUUGAGCGAUUCUGUGUAUAAUUCAACGGAUUUUGGGAGUUCAGCGCUCAGUUUGGUCGCGAGGAAUAGCUUCGGCUACAGCGGAGCUCCCAUUAGAUUUCCUGAUGAUCAAUUUGACCGUCUCUGGGAGCCAUUUGGAGGAAACGGAUCUUUCAAAACAAGCAACAAUUUAACUGUUUCUGGAUUUUGGAAUCUUCCUCCAUUGAAAGUAUUUGAAACAGAGUUGACUGCGCCCGCAUCACAGCCACUGGAGUUGCAAUGGCCUCCGGGUCUUCUGCAAAAUGCAUCAUACUAUAUUGCUCUAUAUUUUGCGAAUGGUCAUGAUUCAGUAGCUGGAGGCUCGAGAAUCCAGAAUAUUACAGUAAAUGGCGUUCCAUAUUACAGCAACUUGAAUGUUACUUCAGAUGGCGUUGUCGUUUUUAGUUCGCAGUGGCGUCUUAAUGGCCUUACAAAGAUAAAUCUGGUUCCUACUAGCGGUUCAACUUUAGGUCCUUCUAUCAAUGCUGGGGAAGUUUUUCAGGUGCUGCCUCUUGGAGGAAGAACUCACACAAGAGAUGUGAUUGCUUUGGAAAAAUUGAAACUCAGCUUGCACAAUCAUCCUAUCGAUUGGAGUGGUGAUCCUUGUUUACCUCAGCAGUACUCCUGGACUGGAGUUACGUGCUCUCAAGGCCGCCGGAUCCGUGUGGUCACUUUAAACCUGACUGGUAUGGGUUUCUCUGGAUCACUGUCACCUUAUGUUGCUAAUAUGACUGCAUUGACUGGCAUCUGGCUCGGAAACAAUCGCUUAUAUGGACCUAUCCCUAACCUCAGUGCAUUGAAGAACCUUGAAAUAUUGCAUUUAAAUGACAAUCAGUUGAAUGGGCCAAUUCCCUCCUCACUUGGAGCCAUAAGUGGCUUGCGAGAACUUUUCUUGCAAAACAAUAAUUUGACUGGUCAAGUUCCAAGCAGUCUCCUUAAUAAGCCCAGAUUGACUCUCAAGGUUUAUGGCAACGGUUUGAUGUCUGCACCACCCCCACGAUAAUGACAAGACUGUAGCUGAAUGCGCAAAAGUGGAAGCAAGAUGGUCAGUGUUAUUGGACAAGUAGAUCAUGUUACUCAUGGGAUCUUUACUUGAAGCUUUUCUGGUUCAUCUAUGAGUUGCGGAAUGGAAGAGUUGCUUCAUUUGGGUCUAGAGCUGUAUGGGCUCUUCUAGCGAUUCAAGUGCCACUCUCUUUGUAAACUGAACAUAGUUGGUUCAUCCUCAGUGCAUUCUUUUAUUCACUUGGUCUGGUUGUGUAAGGCUCCCAUACUGUAUGUUAUGUAUAGGCAAAUCUUCUGAAAAUGAUUUAUUCUUUUGUUUUUCAUCCAUGUGUCUGUAUCAUGAGCAUUCAUGUCUAAUACGAACCUUGCUACAACAAUGUUGAUCUUGCCGGACAACAUAAUUUCAGUUCAGCUGA